UUGGUGUCGGAACGAAGCCGCCUUGAUGGCUGCAUUCAACGGACCUCGGUGGUUGAUCGGUGCCAGCACUGCAACCCCUCUUCCUUACAUACUUAGUCCUCUCCCAUGCCCAUCAACAGCAUGGUCAAUCAAUCACUUUUACCACCUUAAAAAAAUUCAAUCCACUGCUUUGACUGGGAAUAGCUUCUUCCAGCGCAUAUCUCAGCGGUCGUCGCCCUGCAGGUUCCAACAAUUGGCUUCCUGAAAUAAAGCAAGAGAAGGAACAAGCAGAGAAAGCUAUCUAGAAGCUAAACGAAGAGCUAGAAUAUAUCCUACGUGAUAAGUAGGAGCUUGCAAUUAAUUUAGGAAGGUUAUCUUCGGUUACCCGUUCUAAUCGAAACUACAGUGGAAAUGUAAUAAGAAGAAUGGAAAGCUAGGAAGUAGAGGAAAAGGAGGGAUUAAUUCAUAUCGUCAUUAGACGAAAAACCUUCUUCCUAAGCUCUCUCCUUUAGCGAAAGAGUGUAAAAAGGAUCACCCUGGUACGAUAGUCCAAGAAGAUAAAGGCCCU